GGUCAGACCAGUUUCAUUUAUAAGGAAGUGAAACUCAGUCACUGAUACUGAGAGGAGAAAUGGCGCAGAAAGGAGUUCAGCUGGACCGAGAAACUUUCUCUUGUUCGAUCUGUUUGGAUCUACUGAAGAAUCCAGUGACUAUUCCCUGUGGACACAGCUACUGCAUGAACUGUAUUAAAAGCUUCUGGGAUGAAGAAGACGAGAAAAAAAUCUACAGCUGCCCUCAGUGCAGACAGACUUUCACAGCGAGGCCUGUCCUGGUGAAAAACACCAUGUUAGCAGUUUUAGUGGAGCAGCUGAAGAAGACUGGACUCCAAGCUGCUCCUGCUGAUCACUGCUAUGCUGGACCUGAAGAUGUGGCCUGUGAUGUCUGCACUGGAAGAAAAAUGAAAGCCUUCAAGUCCUGUUUAGUCUGUCUGGCAUCUUACUGUGAGAAACACCUUCAGCCUCAUUAUGAUUCACCUACAUUCAAGAAACACAAGCUGGUGGAGCCCUCCAAGAAGCUCCAGGAGAACAUCUGCUCUCGUCAUGAUGAGGUGAUGAAGAUGUUCUGCCGUACUGAUCAGCAGAUUAUCUGUUAUCUCUGCCCUGUGGAUGAACAUAAAGGCCACGACACAGUCUCAGCUGCAGCAGAAAGGACUGAGAGGCAGAGAGAGCUGGAGGUGAGUCGACAAAACAUCCAGCAGAGAAUCCAGGACAGAGAGAAAGAUGUGAAGCUGCUUCAACAGGAGGUGGAGGCCAUCAAUCAGUCUGCUGAUCAAACAGUGGAGCACAGUGAGAAGAUCUUCACUGAGCUGAUCCAUCUCAUCCAGAAAAGAAGCUCUGAUGUGAAGCAGCAGAUCAGAUCCCAGCAGGAAACUGAAGUGAGUCGAGUCAAAGAGCUUGAGGAGAAGCUGGAGCAGGAGAUCACUGAGCUGAAGAGGAAAGAUGCUGAGCUGAAGCAGCUCUCACACACAGAGGAUCACAUCCAGUUUCUACACAACUACCCCUCACUGUCAGCACUCAGUGAGUCUACAGACUCAUCCAGCAUCAAUAUCCGUCCUCUGAGCUACUUUGAGGAUGUGACAGCAGCUGUGUCAGAGGUCAGAGAUAAACUACAGGACAUUCUGAGAGAGGACUGGACAAACAUCUCACUGACAGUCACUGAAGUGGAUGUUUUACUGUCACAACCAGAGCCAAAGACCAGAGCUGGAUUCUUAAAAUAUUCAUGUAAAAUCACACUGGAUCCAAACACAGCACACCCACAGCUGUUAUUAUCAGAGGGGAACAGAAAAGCAACAGUAGUGAAACAACUACAGUUUUAUUAUGAUCAUUCAGACAGAUUCACUGGAAGUGGUCAGGUCCUGAGUAGAGAGAGUCUGAGUGGACGUUGUUACUGGGAGGUGGAGAGGAGAGGGGGAGGACUUUAUGUAGCGGUCGCAUACAAGAACAUCAGCAGAGCAGGGAAUGAAUGUGUAUUUGGACGUAAUGACAAAUCUUGGUCAUUAGAUUGUAACAACAACAGUUAUAUGUUUUGGCACAACAACAUCCAAAUUCCCAUCUCAGGUCCUCGUUCCUCCAGAGUAGGAGUGUACUUGGAUCACAGAGCAGGUAUUUUGUCCUUCUACAGCGUCUCUGAAACCAUGACUCUCCUCCACAGAGUCCAGACCACAUUCACUCAGCCGCUCUAUGCUGGACUUAGGCUUUACAACAAUUAUGGAGAUAUUGCUGAAUUCAUUAAACUGAAAUAGACUGAAGUCUUUCAUAUUGUGUGUUUAAAUCUGUAUUUUACUUUCAUUUUAUUUUCUCUCCAUCAUUUCUGCACAGAGAUCAGCUGUCAGUCAAACAUUAUGGGUGGUGCCUCCACAUCUUCUACUUGUUCUCUUGAUGUUUCUGAGUUUUUUAGGUGGAGCUUUAGAUGGAGUCUUUUUAGCCACGUGUAACGAUGGAGCUCUGUGCAGCCAGGAAAAGGACCCAAAUGCAAACUCACUGAGACGAGAAGUAAACAACAAAAAAAAAAAAACCAAAACCCCACUGUGUUAUUGCAGACAUAGAGAAGAUACAAAAUAGAAUUAAUCUAAACUGGGAUGCUGAAACCUAGAGGAACACAGGGAGAUGCACACAGCUAUGAGGGAAACAAGACACCAGAACUCACAACAAAGAUGAUCGUAGCCACACACAGGGAGACACAGAGGGCUAAGACACAAGGGAGAAACUAAUAAUCAAAAAGCUAAACAGAAUAACCUAGGUACUAAAGAAUCCCUCUAGACUAACACAGAGGGCUUAAAUAAUAAUACAAAAAUGACAAAAACACAAGAAACUGAAAUUGCUGGGUCACCGACCCAGGACCAUGACACCAUGGAGGCUAUCACUGCUCGUGAAGAUUUGUAUUUACAAAAAUAUUUGCCCACAUUAAAAUGUAAACUUCUCCAUCCUCUAAAUGUUUGCAGAAUAUUUUUUAAUGUACUUAUAUGUUGCUGUUUCUCUUCACGGGUCUUAACAAAAUGAUAAACCGUCCUUCCUUUAUCACACAGAUUUUCUCAAUAUUCUCAUUACUUUGUACAUUUGUAACGAAAGAAAACUUAAUUUCAGAGAUAUGAGUGAAGUUUUUGCUUACUUGUUAAUUUUUGUACUUAAAAAAAAAAACAGUCAUAUCUGACCUUUAAAUUAUGAAAGGUUUUAAGAUUUCUUGAUUCAUCUCAGUUAAAAUGUGACAUUUUCCAGCAGUGAACUGUUUUAGGAUAUUU